AUGUACAACGCGGCCGGCGCGGCGCCCAAGAAGAUACGCAUCCUGGACAGCACCCUGCGGGAGGGGGAGCAGCACCCGGGAAUUACGUUCACCAACAAGCAGAGGAUACAGAUCGCGUGGAUGCUGGACUACUUUGGCGUGGACCAGAUAGAGAUCUCGCCGGUGAUAUCGCCUGACCACCGGGAGGCCACAAGGACCAUCAUAAAGCAGGGGCUUGCCGCAGACAUCGUCUCCCACGGCAGGGCCCUCAGAGAGGACAUCGACACAUACACCUUGGCAGACAAGCUGAGGAUAACCAGGGAGGAGGCGCUAGAAAGGGCAGUAGACACGGUCGAGUACGCCAAGUCGCACGGCCUACACAUACGCUUUACCGUAGAGGACGGGAGCCGGGCCGACCCCGGGUUCCUGUUGGAGGUGUGCAGGGCCAUAGAGGAGGCCGGCGUGGACCGGAUCAGCCUCCCGGACACCGUGGGGAUAAUGCGUCCUGCCGGCAUGUACCGCUUUGUGGAGGGCGUGCGCAGACAGGUAAAGGUACCGCUUGACGCGCAUGUGCACAACGACAUCGGCCUUGCGCUGGCAAACGCGCUCGCCGCCUGCGACGCGGGGGCAGACCAGAUACACACCACGAUCGACGGAAUAGGCGAGCGGACCGGCAUACCGUCCCUGGCAGAGGUCGCAGUGGCCCUGACGUACCUGUACAGGUCUCCCAACGACCUUCGCCUGGACAUGCUGCAGGAUCUGUCGCGGCUCAUCCAGGAGUACACGUCGGUUCCGCCGUACGACUCCAAGCCCAUAGUGGGCGAGUGCGCCUACAAGCACAAGGCCGGAACGCACCUUGCCGCAAUCCUGAGGAAUCCCGCCGCCUACGAGCCAAUCCCGCCCAGAAUAGUGGGGAACCAGAGGAGGAUCGUCUUUGGCGAGCUGGCAGGAAAGACGGGCGCCGCCUACCUCAUGGCGCUCCUGGGCCUAGAGAAGAGCGAGAGCGGCGCCAGGGAGGUGGCGGCAGGCCUCAAGGACCUCCGGAUGGGCGACAUGAUAGACAUACCCCUGGAGGACAGGCUGGAAAAAAAGAUAAUUAACGCCCAUAAUGGACAGGAGAAGGAGUGA